AUGAGGGUGAACGUGGCAGUGGCAGGCCGCGGGUGAGGGGGUGGAUGGUAGGAGUGAAGAUGGGGAGUUAUGACUAAAAUUACCUGGGGAGCGGGAGUGAGGUGUGGGCUAAGAGCACAGCUGAGAAGCAGGAGUCAUGAUUUCUCAUCCAGGCUCUGCCACUGACCUGAAUUUGGGCAAGUCACUUAACCCCGACAUGCUUCAGUUUUCUCUGUAAAAUGUGGCAAUACCCACAGACAGGGGUAAAUUAACGUUUGUCCGGUGCUUUGAGUCAGAGCACUAUAUGUGCAAAGUAUUAUGAUUUUUUAUUAUUAUUAAUAAGGUUAAACUCUCAUUUGAAGCUCUGUAAAGGUUUAAAUAUUUAUUGGGAUUUUUACUGUGGUGAUGGGCUUUUUGUGAUUUGGAUCUUUGAAGGAUGGUCCAGUGGUUAGGGUGCUAGCCUGGGACUCAGCAGAUUUAGGUUCAAUUGCCAGCUCUGCCACAGACUCCCUAUAUGGUCUUGGGCAGGUCACUUAGUGCUUGUGUACACAGGGAGUUAUUCUGGAAUUGCUCUUCCUGAUUAACUCCAUGUGUGGAUGUUCUUAUUUCAGAAUAAAAACAUCUGCACGUGGAGUUAAUCAGGAAUCGGCUUUAAAUUCACAUCCUAUCUUAUUACAGAUUUAUUUUCAUGUGUAAAGACUAACUCUUAGUCUCUCUUUCUGUGCCUCAGUUCCCCAUCUGUAAAAUGAGUGAUAAAAGUACUUCCCUGUCUCACAGGGGUGUUGUGAGGAUAAAAACAUUAAAGAUUGUAAGAUGCUUAGAUACUAUGGUAGUGGAGGCCACAGAAGUAUCUGAAAGAGAGAGAUAAAGGCAUUUGAGUUGGUACCUAGUGAUAAUUUGAUUAAAAAAUAGAAAGAUAUAAAAUUAACAUGUCACGCAUUAAAUGGAUUAAAAGUUGGCUAACUGAUAGGUCUCAACAUAUAUUUGUAAAUGGGGAAUCAUCAUAGUAUGGCUGUGUUUCUAGAGGGGUCCCUUAGGGACUGGUUCUUGGCCCUAUGUUAUUUAACAUUUUUAUUAAUGACCUGGAAGAAAGCAUAAAAUUAUCACUGAUAAAGAAUGCAGAUGACACAAAAAUUGGCGGAAUGGUAAAUAAUAAAGAGGACAGAUCACCCUGAUGCUGAACGAUCUGGAUCGCUUGCAUCAUAUAAUUAAGAAGUUCUACAUAAAGCUGACAAGAGCACAUAAGGAAAUCUGUGUCUGAUGAAAGUAUCCCAUAAAAUGGAUAAAGUUGGAGGAACAUCUGGACAUGCGAGGAUAAGAUUAUGUGGAAACCAUCAGACUUUGGAUGUAUCUUGGUUAAAUUCUAGCCUACAAGAGACAUUAUUACCAGGAAAACCAUGGCAUAAGGUUUUAGACAAACUUGGAGCUGCUCUUGCUGAUGACAUGAACACCAACUAAGAAAUCCUACACCAUGACAAAUGAUUUUCUGUCUCCUUGGCCAGCAUUUUGUUAAAAAAAUAUUUUAGUGAGUGUCCUAAUCAAGCUAGUCUAUUAGUAAGUGAGUUAUGGGAGCUUUGAGCCUACAGCAACAUAACGUGAACAUGUACAAAUCUCUUGUUGUCAUAAAAGUAAAGUGGAUUAUUUUGUUCUCAGUUAUAAAAUUGUACUUCUAAAUUUUUCAGUGUAGUUAAUCAAUCUGAAAUAAGAUUAAAAUGUUAUAUAUCUUUUACCUUGUAUCUAACAGGCUUUCAGUAUUUUUUUCUCCUCUCAGGAAACUUGAAAAGAAAACAAGAUAAUGAGUGUAUAUAUGAGGGUUUUCUCCAUUGGAGCUAUGGUUCAAAUCCAGAUUCAGUGAGAUAUCAAACUCAUAUAAGGAUAGAUUCUGUAGUCCUAACUUAGCAAAACUUUCAUUGACAUUAUGGGAAUUUUGUCUGAGUUAGGAUUGUAGGAUCUAGCCCUUUGAGCAGACUCUUCUUAGAACGGAAUUCAUGUGGUAGCAGACUUGACAGGUUUGGAAGCAUUUGUGCGUGACAAGGAGGAUGGGAGUAUCCAGUUCUUCAUUAUGGAAGCUGAUGACUGAAUGUAGGGAGGAUGGUAGUGGGGCUGCUGUCCUGUUGUGUAUACAGUUCUGGACAAAAUCCUGAGGAUCUUACUUAGGCAAAAAUGUCAUUAACUUCAAUGGAAAUUUUGCCUAUGAACUGAGCAAGGAGCUCAGGAUUUUGUUCCAUAUCUUUAAAAUCUUCUUAAGCAUUGAUUGUCUGGCUACUAGAAUCUUUUGUUGCCAAAGCAGUAGAGUGUUUUUAAACCUGGGAAUUUCUUGCUCCACAUUAAGAGUAGCCUGAACCAAGCUUAGUCUGUGGUAUCUUUACCCUAGGAAAUGGUUAUUUCUCUUAAUAAGAGUAACCUGCUAACAGGACUUGCUACUGUGGGAAUUUAUUGUUCCCCAGUAAGAAUAUCUUGGGACAGGAGCACUCCCAAUAUCAUUGUCUUUGUGAGAAAGUUACUACAGAUUUUCUUUAGGGAAAAGUUACUCUCCCUGUCUUAAAUAUCUAACUUAAAUAAUCGAACACACAAAGUAGGAAGGCAGAACUUUUAACUGCUUUGUGCCUUACUUACCAAGGUGUUUUUUUUUUUUUAAAUAAGAACCAAAAUAGAAGACCUCACUACACUUUUGAACAUCCCUUUAAAAAAUCACAAAACAAUGUAUUAGUUUUCAAAGUUAAGUACUUCAUCACUUGUUUUUCAAAUUAGGCGUUUGUUAUCUCUAAGGAAGAAGUUCAUUACUAUUUUGAAGUCCACUGCAUUUGUUUUUGCAAGAAAUAUUUUAUAGAGGUAUUUCAGAUCCAUUGCUUCUGUCAGCAGCAACUUGCCAUUUACCCUUCUUUAACUGGGGGUUAGAGGACAAAGAUAGGCAAGGAGGUGAUGGCAGUAUGACUUCUUCAUGUGCCAUGCUACCAAAGGAAGAGAGGAUGUAGGGAGUAAUGGAAGGGUCAGAUCUCUGUGUGAUUGCCCUGGGAUCCAUGAAACUUUUUGACAGAUCUCAGAACAUCCAUCUUGUUCAAAGGUUCUCCCCUCCAUGGCUCUACAAACCACAAGCUGGAAUAAUGCUUCAGGAACUCCAUGAAUUAAGAGUUUCUUGUAUUGCUCUUCACCUCCUGCAUCUUUUUCUGUUGGUGGAUAUAUCCAACCUUGGAGUUUAACAUUUGAGAGUAAGGCCGGGUAAGACUGGUACAUGAAGAAGUAGUAAGUAUGACUCUGGGUAUUCUUUCUGAAAAAUAAGAGAUUCCUUCAAGUAAACUUUUCUCCAGGAUAAAGAUAUUUAGAAGUAAGUUUGACUCAAAAUAAUUUUACUGAGGACUAAGACAUUCUUGGGAAAGAAGGCUUGCCUCUAUAUUCAGUGGCACCAGUCCUUCCUCUCAGUGGCUGACAUAAGGCACUGCUCAUGGGCAAAUUUUCUCUACUAAAACUUCCUUCCCUAACGUGAUAAUCAACAGUCGUGGCCCUGGCAGCAAAAAAUGGCAAGAACUGUUUAUACAAGAUGUUAUGUUCUUGUGAUAACCCAAACGUUCUGUACCUAGUCUUCCACAAACAUAAGUGAGAGAGAUCAGAAGAAGUUGGAAGAAGAUACAAGGAUUUGGGUGAAGCAACAGUGCUUAAAAGCUGCAGAACGCAUUAGCUGUCAGUUCAGACUUGGAAAUCUGAAAAAUGUCCUGUUUAGUACUGCUGUAUCUCCUACCUGAAGCUAGAAAUGAAACCGCCACAGGAUUCCUUAUUCGAUAUAAUAACUGACAGACUGGCUCCCGAAAUGGUGCAUUUUCUUAAUGAUACCUACAACAUAGUAGCAACAGAGAUGGAAUUGUUAUUUGCUACACAUGAAGCAUGGAAAAAGGCAGAAGAUUCAUAUAAGGAUCUACUACCAUCGGAGUGGAAUUCUAAUUCGACAUCAGUAGCUAAAAAAAGGACAAAUUCUGUUGAAAGCAAAGACCUCAAUCUAGCCAUACACAGAGGAUCUGUUUUCCAAUUAAAUGAAAAAGACAAGAUGCAUAUUGGUCCUGACAUACCCUCACCUAUUCUAAAUUGCUCAGCAAGUGAUAUACUGGGAGACUCAAUCUGUGCCAUAAUCUCAUUAGAUUAUAAUAGUAUGUUAACUGUGUGUGAAAGACUAAGUGGAAAAUUACUUCCAAAGACACUUCAACAGUUUAUCUGGACUGAUAAACUUCUAAAAGCAGAUACAAAAGUUGACAAGUUUGAAAGAAUAACAAUUCUCGAGAGAGAAGCUAGAGUGAAGUUUGGACGAACAGUGGAGCACCGAAUUGCUGAACUGAAAAUUAGAAGUGCCACCCGAUCACCAAUUUCAGGCCUUAUUGAAAAUGUAGUUGUGGAGAAAUAUGAAAAGACACCCUGUAUGCAUUCUUUUGCCACAAAUAAACAAAUGAUUUCAGAGACCAGCAAAACCUUAAAUGUCCUGUAUGUUUUCAGUGGCACGUAUGAACCCUACCUAAUCUAUUGGCUUUUUCCUUUGCAAAUGGCAUUUAAGCAAAUAAUGCCUACAGCUGAACAUCCCUAUGAAUUGGCUAUGUACCUACAUUUCCUACAUCAAAACUUAUUCCCAUCAUGGACAGAGAUCUUUGCAAUGGCUGAGUGGAUGAUGAGCCUUCUGGAGAGAGAGGACACUGAAUUCUUCAUUCAUCUUCAACAGAUAGUUCAAGAAAGAGAGAAAGCUCAAGAACUGUACACAGCCACAGACAGAUCUGAGCAAAACAAACAUCUAACCAAGGAAUUGCUGGCAAGCCCAGUCAUUUUCCUCAGAAAAUGGAUGGGUGAAGGCUUUGUGAGUAUAGUGGAUUUUCCUGCAGUGUUGUUGAUUUGGGAUCAAAUGUACAUGCAAGAUUGGAAUCAAAAGGUGAUGGAGAAUUUCUGUCUCUCAAUCCUUAUGCUAUUAAAGGAUUCACUAAUGACUGCCAAUGAUUAUCCAGCUAUAAGAGAGGUGUUUUUGUUCCAUGGUUGUCAUCUUCUUACAGCUGAUAUUCAAAGGGCCUGGAUUCAUCUUCAGCAAGGUGGUUUACCAGCUGACAUCCCUGGGCUUAGCAGGCAGAAUCAAAGCUGGAAAGGUUUCUCUUGGCUUCCAGGACAUCUUGCCAGUUGGAGUGAAGGAUGUUUUACUGAAGCUAGUUUUACCAGUACCACAGGUUGAGAUAUCACACACUCUUCUAAGGAAAAACUGGUACCUCACUGAAAUGCAUUAACAUUAUGGAGAGAUUUUCCAGAUGUUUCUGAUGAAGACUCUCAGAAAAUAAGUAAUAAAACAUAUAUUGGGCCAAAUCUUCUUUUGCCAAACUGAAAAGGAUUUGAUCCAUUAACUUCAGUACAUAUUGUAUAUUUGCUUCACUCCAAGUCAAUAUUUACCUCUCUGGUCAAUAAAGUUUGUUUUUCACCUUACAAAAGUCAAUA